AUGUGCACUCAGCCCGGCCUUAUGGGCUUGUUGCCCAAUGCUACCGGGUCCGAAGACUGCCUCUACCUGAACGUCUACGUACCGGCUGCGGCGAGUGGUCCUCUGCCCGUCAUGUUUUACAUCCACGGCGGCGCCUUCAAGUUUGGAUAUCCCUUCUUCAGCAAUCCGGACUACUUAGUGGAGAAGGGUGUUGUGUUGGUCACAAUCUCUUAUCGCCUCGGCGCCCUUGGCUUCCUGAGCCUGAUGAACGACGACAUCCCGGGCAAUGCGGGGCUCAAAGACCAGGUGCUGGCGCUGCAGUGGGUGCAGAGAAACAUCGCGGCCUUCGGUGGAGAUCCCAGCAAGGUCGCCAUCUUUGGGGGAAGUGCAGGAGCUGGCUCCACAUCACAUCUCUUCCUCUCGCCGGUGACCAAGGGGCUCUUCAGCGAAGUGAUUAUGGAGAGUGGGGUGGCAACAGCCCCUUGGGCGCUGACGGACAAGCCGCGCGAGAGGGCUUACCGCAUGGGAGAGGCGCUCGGCUUCCAGACGCAGGGCGAUAACCACACUGACGACGACGACGCGCGACUGUCUGCCUUCCUUCGCGCCGCCAACGCCUCCGACCUCGCCAGGGAUGACACUAUCGCCCUCACGGAAUUCGAGAAGCGCUGUCCCCUGCCGCUGGCAUUCCUGCCCGUCGUGGAGCCGCCCUCGGACUCUGCUGUGAUCGUCGAGCCCCCAGCGGACAGGCUGAGAGCCGGCAGCUACAACCGAGUACCCAUCAUGCUGGGCGUCACCUCCGGAGAAGGAUUAGUCAUACUUGGAAGUACGUAA